AUGGACUUCAUCAAUAGUAAUCAGACUACCGCUGAACAGGCCAGAAUCCUCGAAGAUGCCGAAGACCAUCCUCUCAAGCCUGGAGUAAAACACUCCGCGAACUAUUUCCAACUCCUGGCUGAGCGCAGAAGAUUGCCUGUGUCCGCUGCCCACCAGGAAUUCCUAGACGUCUACCACAGAAACAAGUUUGUCGUUUUUGACGAGGCCAAGAGAGGUCUGGUGGCUUGCACGCAGCCCCGUCGUCUUGUAGCAAAAGAUGCAGCAACUCGAGUUGCCGCAGAGAUAGACAUCACGCUAGGCGAGGAGGUUGGCUACAGCGUGCACUUCGAUGAGAAACCGAGCGACAAUAGCAUCCUCAGGUACAUGACCGAUGGACGGCUGCUGCAAGAGGCACAGCGAGACCAAACUUUCCAGGCCUAUUCUUGCGUAAUCAUCAACGAAGCCCAUAAGCAAACACUGCCGACUGACAUUCUCAUAGGUCUUCUCAAGAAAGCCAUACAAGUACGUGAUAACCUCAAAGUCGUCAUCAUAUCUGCCACCAUGAAUGUGGAAAGAUUCGUUAAGUAUUUCGGCCAGGCAGAGGCUUUCAACGUCAGCAGCAAGGCCUACCCGGUUAAGAUCCACUGGCUCGAAGAACCGACUGUAGACUGGCGUUGCCUUACUCUAAACUUUGUAAAGAAUAUCUGCAACAACAUGCCUGUGCUCGGAAACAAGCUGGUAGCGCUGCAUUUGUAUUAUGGGCUCAACGCCGCCGAGCAGCGGAGAGCUAUAUUUUCUUCAACCGACCCCCUUCGCAAAUGUAUCGUAUCAACCAAUAUUGCUGAAACCAGUCUAACCAUUGAUAGGAUUGUCUAUGUCAUUGAUACUGGUAUUGAAAAGAAGUCGGGAUACAAUGCUCGAGCAGAUAUGGACACUCUCAUUACUGCCACUGUGACCCAAGCGUCUGCCAAGCAGCAAGCUGGUCGAGCCGGUCGAACAAAGCCGGGGACAUGCAUCCGUCUGUAUACUGAGAAGACAUUCUUGGAGGACUUCGCUCCCUAUGCAUGGCCAGGAAUAAAGACUUCCCCGGUUACCACGGAAGUCUUGAGACUGAUGUCCAUGGACAUCAACGUCGUCGAUUUCGACUUCAUCACCCUUCCUCCCAUGGAAAACUUUCUUCGGGCUUUAUACGAGCUCAAGGCAAUGGACCUCAUUACAGACCAUGGCGUAAUCAACGGCCGCGGUCGCAAUGCCGCUAAAUUCCCCAUGGACCCUCAGUGGUGGAAUGCUAUCUCGGAAGGGCAGAACCUCGGGUGCGGUGUUGACAUUAUCGCGAUUACCGCCAUCGCAAGCACUCAAAACUCGAUGUUCCUGCGUCCCUGGAAUGUCAGAACUGCUGCUGAUGCGUCAAGAGCCCGAUUCGCCUGUCCAGAUUCGGAUCACGUUGCUCAACUGAAUGCUCUGCAUGGCUAUGUCCGCACCAAGCACACCGCCAAAGACAUGGACCUAGAUCAAUGGUGCUCCGAUGCCUUCAUUGACCGAAAGGUGAUGGAGGAAGCCCUUCAGAUUCGACAACAGCUGAUCAACAUCGCCGAGGAAAUCUUUGAUCAGCUCCUUACGUCCGGAACAGGCGACGAUGACCUUCUCGCCAUUGAAAGCUGCCUGGUCGGCCAGAAGUAUAAAUUGGUUGUGUUCAACGCCAUUACUCACGUCGGAAAAACGUUCCUGGAAACUUCAUCAGCGGUUGAGGCAGAGUGGCUUGUCGAUCUUCCUUUCUUCAAAGAUGACCAACUCUCACGCAAGCUUGACGGCGAUCUGCGAUAA